AUGUCAAACCCACUCUUACGGAUCAUACUAUGCGGUAAGACCACCUCGGUAGGCAAAGCGGUAACUGCAGGACUCAAACCUGAAAUAGAGGUUGUCCGAUUCAUAACAUCCCUUGAGAAGGCUCGUGCAGAAAUCCCUCUAAUCCUUUCUAAUCAACACCAAGAUCUACCUCAGCCCAAGCCGAGCGAGGAAAUCAUUGGUACUCAGAAUUUCAAGGUCAUACCCGACGCAGUGAUGUUAGGGGGAGGGUAUGAUGCUUCCGAUGCUCAGAUCCUAGAUGGAGAAAAUAAGAUUCCCAUCUUCCUUGCGGAUAGGACGAAACCUGCUCCUCCCCUUGCCACUGGGGAAUAUGGCAAGGCGAUUUUGAAAAGGGCAAAAGAUUCUUUGUUAGAUUGGGAGAAGGAUACAAAGAAAGGAGAGAGGAAUAAUCCAAUCUGGUAUUGA